CAUUCUCAGUUCUAAAAAUGCUCACACCGAUAUAGUCUAUGUUGAAAAUUUAACUAGAGCAUCAUCAAAAAGGUCAUUUUAAAAUGAGCCAAUUUUGUGGUGUUUGUAAGAAAAGUGCCGUACAAAGCUGUUCAGCCUGUAAUUCUAUAUAUUAUUGUGGAAAGGAACAUCAAAAAGCACAUUGGAAACACCACAAAGCUGCUUGUGUCCCGUUCAAGACUGUCAACGAAGAAAAUGGUAAAAUUUUGGUUGCCAUAAGGAACAUUGAACCCGGAGAAAAAAUCAUCACCAAGCUUCCUUUAAUUGUUGGACCCAUAACAGUGAAAGAUGUUAUUUGCGUCUCAUGUUUCCGAAAAUUAGAUGAAAAUUCUGCAGAGAAAUGCUUAAUUUGUGAUCUCAAACUAUGCUCGAAAACAUGUGUAUCGAAACAAGAACAUUCCAACUUCUGCAAUUUGUUCAAACAAAAAAAUGUAAAGGCUGGACAGUGUCCUAACCUAUUCACACAUUUGGUUCCUUUGAAAAUACUCAUGUUAAAAUCGAUCGAUUUCAAGACCUUCGAUUCCAUCGUGAGUAACUACGUCUACGAUGAACCAAAAGAAAGACUCAGUAGCGUAGUUUUGGAAUUGUCGAAAUUGUGUGACCAACUCGGUCUUGCAAGUACUGAUGAAGAACUUUCAAAAAUACUGGUGAUUUCCAAGAAGAAUUUCGUAGGGAUAAAUUCUUCCAAGGAUGGUAAUAUCAAAGGACUUUAUCCUACCGUUCCUUUACUUAAACAGAAUUGCGUUCCUAAUACCAAAAAUGUUUUUGUCGAAGAAGGAAAUCAAUUGAAUAUCUACGCUACAGUGCUUAUAAAAAAGGGUGAAAUGUUGAAGACUAACUUUUCUGAACCUUUGUGGGGAACUCUAGAUAGACAAACCUACCUCAAGACUAUGAAAUACAUUAGUUGUGCAUGUGACAGAUGUAAGGAUUCUAAAGAAUUGGACACUUACAUCAGCUCAAUUUACUGUCAAAAAUGCAAGGAUACUCUUCUAGAAGACAUAAGUCCAAAAGUUGUGAGUUCAAACCCGCUGGAUACUGAUGCUGAUUGGUUUUGUGAGAAAUGUACAAAUAGGAUUCCAGGGAAACAAAUCGCUUUUGGUAAUAAGUCUUUACUUAGAGAAAUAAGUGGCCCAAAUAUGAACCAACCGAAAUCUUUGGAGCAUUUCUUGUUCAAAUACGGAGAAAUAUUGCAUCCCACUAAUUCUUUUAGUUUGAGGGUGAAAUUUAGUCUGGUACAGCUUUAUGGAAACACAGAAUCAUUCGAGUAUAAUGAUAUGCCAUUGGAACUUUUGGAAAGGAAAAUAUAUCUUUGUAAUGAAUUAUUGGAGAUUGCAGACAAAAUUGAUCCUGGAUAUUCUCGAUUCAGAGGAAUUCUUCUUCACGAACUACAGACAUCGAUGGUUUUGCAAGCCAAAAAAGAAUACUGCGGAGACCUCAUCACCAAAACUGAAGCAGAGGACAAAUUGAGAAAAUCUCUGGAUAUCCUACAAGAAUCAUGUAAAAUACUAAUGGUAGAACCAGAAUUCAAAGAAACUCUACAAGAAAAAAUGCAAACAUUGAACACCUUGCUCGAAAUAUAAAUUUCAAAUUAUUCGAUUUCUUCAGCGCCACCUCCUGGAGAUACAUCAAACUAUAAAAAAUUAAAUCGUUUAUAUUAUUACUGAUUGAUCACAAUUAUUGUUUUUAUUACAUUUAGUGAUUAAGAAUAAAAAUAUAGUGAAUUUUAUAGAUAAAAAUUAAGUUUGAAAAAGAA